GGGGUGUUUGGGUCAAGGUCGGAGAGCAGACGGCGAGAGUAGAGUUACAGCUUUGCCGUUGGUUCAGCCUGCAGCAUAAGGAGUGGCAGAUGCAGAUGCAUGGAACUUCACAAGUGGGAGUAUCUGAAACUAUCUAACCAUUAUUCUAUUCUAAGGAAUAAUCUCAUUUACAGUUUUUACGUGAGGGAAGACUUUGCUCUCUGGGCAUGAUGGUAACUUGCGUGUGAAGGCUUUCUAGCAGUUGACACCAACUAAAGUACACACAACCCACUAACCAAACCAACCAACGACCUUUAGCUUCACUCUGCAUCUACUGUACGCUCUCAGAUCAGACAGCGUUGGUCUCGAGCUGCUGAUCCGUCCGUCUGCUGCUCAGUGUGCAUGACUCCCACAGUCACCAGGACGCACAAAAUCUGAAAAGAGCCAGGUUUGCAGUUUUUCAGCUCAACAAGGAAGCGUCUCCUCGCCUUACAGUAUACGGCCGUGAUCUCAGGUGGUGUGAGAAUAGAAAAGAGGCUUUUUUAAAAGCAGCAUCUUAAAUGAUGCAGCAGCACCAGAGCAGUUCCCUGUUGCUGCUUGGAAAGACAUUUCCAUGUAACCACAAUUAUUACAUCUACUUCCUCGACUCUGUUUUCCUUUGCACACUCGCCCAGCGAGCGAGCACAAGCACUGGGAAAUAUGAGAUAUGAGCGCACGGUGAAGAGUUCAGGCUGCGACUCAUUUGAUCCUAUGUUAUCCUAUGAAAAGAAUGUCAGAGUGGAGCACGCGGCUGAAAGAGCAGGAUUACUGGAGUCGUGUUACGAGGGCGCCUUAGAAGAACAAAACUGUUUGGAAGCGUUGCGCAAUAGUUGAAUUCCUGUAAAUGUUUAGCUGCGCAGUUGUUUAAUGAUCUGGCGGCUUCUGACCCCCGCAGUGCUGAGCUUUGAGGAACCCCCCCCCCCCCGCGGCUCGGAGGCAGCCACCUGCUUGCAGCCGCCUCCCACUGCUGCUGAAACAUCUCGCAGACGCGGAGAAGGGCGGAGGAGACGCACUCUGAGGCAGCGCGGCGGCCGAACGCACCGACAUCAGCCCAUCUCACAUCAAAGCAGAAGUCGGCGGUCCGGCAGCAAAUGGAGGCGGCGAACGCGACGCGCGGGGUCAACGCCAGCUGCGACGCCAACAUCGAUGACUUCCGCAACCAGGUUUACUCCACGUCCUACUCGCUGAUCACCGUGCUGGGCCUGGUGGGGAACGGCUUCGCGCUGGCGGUGCUGAUCAGGACGUCCCGCCAGAGCUCCCCCUUCCACGUGUACAUGCUGAACCUGGCCGUGUCGGACCUGCUGUGCGUCAUGACGCUGCCGCUGCGAGUCCUCUACUAUGUCAACAAGGGCCAGUGGAACCAGGGGGAUUUCCUGUGCCGCAUCAGCUCCUACGCCCUCUAUGUAAACCUCUACUGCAGUGUUUACUUCAUGGCGGCCAUGUCUGUCACGCGUUUCUUGGCCAUCGUCUUCCCGGUGAAGAACCUGCGGCUGGUGACGGAGAGCCGCGCGCGCCUGGUGUGCGCCGGCAUCUGGCUGUUCAUCUGCCUCUCGUCCUCUCCUUUCCUGAUCACCGGCCAACAUACAGACCCGUCCACCAACAAAACCAAGUGCUUCGAGCCUCCGGAAGGGCGGGGCGUGAGAAAGCUGGUGAUGCUCAACUACCUGUCGCUGGUGAUAGGCUUCGCCACGCCCUUCCUCGUCAUCCUCAUCUGCUACGCCGCCAUCGUCUGGACCCUGCUGUCCCGCAAGCACACCGCGCGGCGCCAGCGCGGCGCCGCCGGCAAGGCCAUCCGCAUGAUCGUCAUCGUGCUGCUGACCUUCCUCUUCAGCUUCAUGCCGUACCACGUGCAGCGCACCCUCCACCUCAGCUUCCUCGCCCGCGGGGACGCCACGUGCUCGGAGACGAUCGCCAUGCAGAAGUCCGUGGUGGUGACGCUGUGCAUGGCGGCCUCCAACUCCUGCUUCGACCCGCUGCUCUACUUCUUCUCCGGCGAGGGGUUCCGCAGCCGCCUGUCCUCCAUGCGCCACUCGGUGGCGGGCAGCGCCCACCGCAGCGCGGCCAGGCUUAAGGCCGUCUCGGACCCCGGGGAGAACCAGCAGAACCAGCAGAACCAGCAGAACCAGCAGGCGACGGCGAGCUCCCAGCGGGGCGGGCCUUCGCGCAGGCUGCUCAGCAUAUGCUGAGGAGACGAAGCAUGAACACGGUAGUUAGUAGCAGUUACUGUUACAUCUCAGGAAAACGUUUUUAUUUUAUUUAUUACUGUUAAGCAUGAAGAUUGUUUAACAGAUGGUCGUUACAGUAUAUCACUGUAUAAAACUAUGGUACAUUGUGUCGUAUGCCUCUUUUUGCAGCAUACUAAAAAGACUGAAUAAUGCCUUAAGCUGACUACUGCACAAUUAUUUUGACAUUGUCCUUAUUCAUAUUCUGUUAUUAAUAUAAAUUUGUACUGUAGCAUAUUUGUGAUGUUAAAGAUGUACUUGCUUUUACUACUAUUAUUAUUAUUAUAAACGUUCAUACUAUCACUUGUUUCAUCGCUGUUUUAAAAACAUACUUUUUUAAUGUACCUGUUUGAUGCUUGAAGCAUGGGCGGCCACGUUUGAAGGAAAUUUGGGGAUUUGGAAGUGAAGCGACCUUUUAUUCUGUUUGCACCCAGAUUGGUUUGUUUUUGAUAAGAGGUUUAUUCUUGAAGAAGUUCCUGCCUGUACAGUAACAUAGUGUAGUGUUUUUAUAUUGUGUAAUGUAAUUGGUGCAAUUUAUACUGUUGUGUUUUUAGGCAGAUUUUGUUUUUACUUUUGAUAGCGUCCCUCCUUUCCCUGCUGCAUUUGCUGUAUUAACCAUAAAUUUAAUGUACAAACAUGAACAUUCGGUCUCAUGGUAUUACUCAGUGAGACUUUUCACUUUACUCAGUGAAAAGGCAAAUGAAGUUCUUUCCUACUGUCUAACGUAGCAUGCUGCUGUACUCCUGUAUUUAAACAAUAUCUGCUGUUGCGUAUGAUCGGACAUUAAUAAAUCAUGUACUGUAACUUGUGUCAAUGUCGUGGAGCUGGACGCAUUAACAGUUACACAUCAUGUCCACUAGGUGUCAAUCAAGCACUAAACAUGGCAUCUCAGUAA